AUGAAGAAAAAACAUGAUGGUAUUGUUUAUGAACCUGAGGAAGUUCUGAAUCCAACCCCCAAAGUAACAAAUUGUUGCAAAUCACUGUGGGUAACAUACAGUUUUCAGGAGGCAUACAUGACCCAACUUGUCAGCUCCCAGCCAGUUCCAGCCAUGCCAAGGAACCCAGAUCACAGUCUACCUUCUCAGCCCAAGGAGAGUAACGUUGGCCAGAAGCAUCACCAGGAGGAAGUAAUCCACAAGAUGGCCAUGCAGCUGAGACAAAUUGGGGACAGCAUGGAUCAUAGGAUGAUGAAAGAGGACCUUCAGCAGGAUGGCAGAGAUCCACGGGAUCGUUUUAUCAUCUUUUUCUUUAGAAGAGUUCGGGUGUUCCUGCGCUUUUUUUUGAAUAACCAUUUGCUGUAAAAGGAAUGUAAAUGUCAAAUUCUGUUUUCCUUCUAUCCUCUAAGAAGCAUGAAUCCCACUGGGACAGAUGGGAAGACACCCUUCUCCAUCUUCCUCUGUUUUCACCCAUCACUGUUGGUCUAUGCUGUUUUGUUGGAGAACCAUUUGUUCAGAGCAACGAGCUAGGAGAUGUCUGCGAUUGCCUCAUGGUGAAGCCCAAAGAGUAAUUAGGAACCCAGGAAGCCUUGCCACCCAGAAAACACCAGUGCUGUGGAGGAUCUCAGUGCUCCUCAUAAGGAAAUCUUGAGCAUUUCCUCCCAUGAAUAAAAUACUAAUAGAACCUCAUCCUCAAAGCAGAAGUCACAGAAAUUGGCACUUUCUCCUGGGCUUCUCCCUGGGUCCCAUGUUCUCUAGUGACCUGUUGGCCCCACUCUUGUUACCCAUGUCCAGAUCUGCAGUGCCAGCUUCUCCUCAGCCACACUUCCCCACCUCCAGCACCCCAGUUCCAACUCCUACCCUUUCUGGAAAAUGAAAGGAAACCUGUCUCUCAAACUCAAAUCCAACAUAUGGCCCAUCUGCAUUUCCAGUUCCAUGCCUAGAGGCCCCGCUACCACCACCACCACUGUCGGGUGUUUCCAGACACUUCUCAGGCUCUGAUUCUACAUUUAAGUUCUUUUCUCAUUUUUUUUUCAUCCUCUCACUACUCUGUGACCCCCCUUCAAUCUUCUUUAACCACUUGGAUUUUUUUAUUAUUAUUAUUCUACCCUGCCGUCGUCCUUUAGGCUUCCCUGCGUAAUAUAGGGAGUGCUUAGUCCUUGGCCAACAGUCCUGCCUUCUAGAGGAGUGCACGGCCUGAAUGAGUUAGGAAUUCAUUACAAGGCAAAAACUUGUUAACUAUUUCUUAGUGCUGGAUGGUUUUGCUGUUGGUUGGUGGGCCCUUUGUCGGUUUUUAUUUUCGUUACUCUCUUCUACCCUCUCUUAUGCAGUUCUUUCACCUUCAUUCUUCUCCUUUUACCUUUUUUGUCUACCUCAAAUUCCCUCUCUUCCCCUUUUUGAAAGAAUUACAAGUAUUAAGAAAGUUUGUUGUUAUAAAUUAAAA